AUGUACGCCUGCGCAUACCGCACCGACGAGAACUCCACCGGCAACAGCGAAGCCCACUGGGCCUUGCUCUUCCAGUACGAGGUGGAGGCCUGCGUACGCGUCGAGAUGGCCCAGGGCUACGGGGCCAACGGCCGGGAAGGGAAGAUCCACCUGUCCAACGUGAAGCCCUUUGACGCUUCACCUGCAUCAAACUGGGGCGGACACAUCGUCCAGCUGUUCUACACCCGCAAUUUCCCCUCUGUCCAGGACUUCAUCGACGUUAUUGUCAACGAAGGCCGGGAGAGAUACACCUUCACUGAGGAAGGAGAAGGGUCUCGCUUCUGGGCUGCUACCGUCAUUAAGGACUUCACCAAGGCGAAGCUCCUGCCCAAGGAUAGCGGGGAGGAGAUCAUGAAGGCGAUCAGUUUCGACUGGAGCGGUCCUAAUAUCUAUGAUCCUAGGCCUGUUCGUGAGGGAACUUUUGGCUAG